AUUCAGCUUAAACUACAGUUAAAGUUGACCUGGUGGACAUUGUGUCUAUUAAAGCGAAAAUGGAAGACUACCGGAUUCAUAAAAAAGAAAUUGAACGAACUUAAAACAUAAAAACAAUUCGAACUUAAAACAGUAUUUUUAUAAACUGUGGUGUAUAUAUUCACUGAUUUCCAUUUUAAAAGCAAUAAUCAGCGUGGAAAAUGUUAAAUGAUGACUAAACUUUUAAAUUCUACCAAAUAUUCAUUUCAAAUUUCUCUUAUAUUAUUAUCAACCCUAUCAUUGUCGGUGUUAAAUAUCUGUCACGAAGCUGAAUGUAGUGUAACCAGUUCAUGGAUGGAAGAAAGGUUAUUUGACAGAGCCCGAUGUAAAGCGAACUGUUUGAAACUAUUCAGUAAUCCAAAAGAGCAAGAAGUGUUUCAUAACAAAUGGGGGAGUGAAAAAUUCAACGAUUUGAAUUGGUCAGUGUGUUUUGAAGAAUCACGUGAACGGUGUAGUUCAAGUUGCUUCAUAGCUUGUGAUCUACCACCGGCUGAAUGUUUUACACAUUGUGCUGGUUCAGCAGUUGGUUGUUAUAUUGGAUGUUUAUUAGUGAAUCAGACAUUUGAAAAACGACCUGGUGAAUGUCCUAGAGAGCUGGUAUAUUCAGUGUUUGAUUUCGAUAGAUCAGUCCUACUUGGUCAAGAUGAUCAUUCAAGCUACAGAAAACAUGAAUCGACCAACAAAUGCAUUAAUAACUGUCAGUUAGACAGUGAAUGCACAAAUCCUUUGCAAAUCUGUUGUAAAUCUGAUUGUCAUCAACAAUGUACAAAUCCAAUUUUUAACGAACUUGUUCCUCCGAUAUCAACGCAUUUAAAUUCAACAGUGUCUACAAUUAACUCAAAUAGUGUAAAAUUAUUUUGGUCAACAUUGUAUAAAAAUUUGACUAGCUCCAUUAAUCCAAUCGUGUUCAUACUUCAAGUACGAAUAUGUAUAUGUAAACAGUUUGAUGAAAACUACUCAUCGAAAUGGCAAACAUUGAUUAUGACUCAUGAAUUUGGAGCUAAUCUUGAAGCUUUCGAGCCUGGACGAUUGUAUCAAUUUCGUAUUGCUGCUGUCAGUAUUCAUGGGACAAGAGGAUUUGGUUUAAGUACAAAAGCCUAUCCUAUAAAUCCAGUACAACCAAGACCACCUGAUCCACCCAGAAAUGUUACAGAUUCAAUGUGGCGAUUGUAUUCUUCAGGUAAAAUAAGUCUUCUCUUGAAAUGGCAGCCACCGAGACACAGUGACCUUCCAGUCAGUGAAUAUCUCAUAAAUUGGUCAGUUGAUCACGGUUAUCUACAAACAGAUGGAAGGUCUCUUGAGUCAUUUAUUCAGUAUACACUAACUACCAAUGCAGAUCGUACAGAGUGCAUUUUGCAAAAUCUCAAGCCAGCAACCUCAUAUAAAAUUCAGGUAAAGGCAAUAUCUUAUUGGAAUGGCUACGGUAAUUUGGAAUCUCAGCCGAAUACAGUUUUUUUAUCAACUCAGUCAAUACAUCCAGCUUUCCAUCAGCAAAGUAUUGAUCCAGUAGAGACCCAUUUACCGCCAAAACGAGUAGCACCAACACCAAGUGGAUUCGCAAUCCAGUCAAAAUCAUCAAACUGUGAAUGCGGAUCAUCUGUACAACCUCUCCUGUUGAAGAAAAUAUUCUACGAUAGUAAUAAGUUAAAUGCUGUACUUCAAAUAAACUUCACCAUUGAGAAGGAUACUACAACUGUGAUUCAGUGGUUUCCGCAAGUUUGCAUUGAUUCAAAUGAACCUUUAUCAAAUACAGUGAGGCGUAAAGUCUUGCAGAAAUAUAAGGAUUCCGAAAUCAUUCUGGAAGAUCUAUACUUCAGUUGUCGCUAUAGCGUACGAAUUCAGAUGUAUGCUGGUAUUCUGGAUGAGAAAUACCUUAGCAUGGUAACAUCUGGGAUUUCAAUAGACAACCAGUAUUUGGAUUCAAGGGGUUUACAUUCUUGUUUUUGUACACCAUCUUGUUUAGAUGUUGAAAUAAAACAAGGUGGAUUACCGGAAAACUGUCCACCACCAGCACCAGUGCCACCGUUACCACCUACUCAACUGAAAGUAAUGCAUAUGGGCGACCUAGAUUAUCAAAUAUCAUGGGUGCAGUCAAUCAGCACUCAAGAGAGGAAAAUUAGAACUGCUGAUAAAGAUUCACGUCUUUCAUUUUCAAAUAAACUGAAAAGGAAUUCAACAAAAUAUCGUAUUAUAUGGGCACCAAGAAUACAUGAGCCAGUCGAUGAGUCUAUGUACAACGAUGAAAUUGGUUUCAGUCCGAUAAUGGAUUUACAACAGACAGAUGUUAGAGUAAUAAAUAAGGAUCAAACAUGGAUUGCUUUGAAAAAGCUGAAGCCAAAUACUUUCUAUAUUGUACGUGUACAAACCUUACUUAUCUUGCCUAAUGGUAUGGAAAGAGAAAGCAAUCCUGUAUCUGUGUAUUUUACUACUGCUGGUGAAGAGGAAAUGAAAAAUUCACAUUCAGGUAAGUAUUAUUGUUGGUGUCUGAAUAACAAUUGUAAAGAAUUACAAGUCUCUGUCUACAUUUACAUUAUAAUCGCAAAUGGUGAUCUCUCCCGACAUUCGUCCGUAGAAACCCUUAAAUCCCGAAAUGACUCCAGGUUAAUAGUGGAAUCACAGCCAAUAUCAUUCAGCUAAUCUCCUCAAUAAGUUAAAUCGAAAACAAAUUCAAUUAAUGGUAGUUUAAUAAGGUUACAUUAUUGGUCGACCUCCUUCUACGAUAUCUCCUGAGUUAACGAGUGAUUACUGAAUUCUUGAAAAAGGUAGGAAUUCCGAAUAGAUGUAAUUGUUGAAAAUAACCAGGAUCAUAAAACAUGUUUAUUGCACUAGUAACGAGCUUAUUUCUUACGAGCAUACAAUUUACUAGCACAUGUCAUUGAUUGUAGUUAGUGAAAUCAGAAUGUCAGGAAAGAAAUUAAGUUUCUGCAACCACCAACGUCAAGUUAAACGCUGUGUAGUUUAACAGUGAAGACGUCACAUCCUUCUCGAAAUGCAUGAAACCGGUCAGCACCUGCUUCAGAUAACUUGCAAUAACCUUCAGCUGUAAACAGUACAGUAAUGCAUAUUCUGAAUUCGUAACGAAGAUGUUUUCUUUUCUUUUUAUUUUUUUGAUUAUAGCUUGAUUCCACAAUGUAUUUUUGGUACAAGUAUGGAA